CCAUUUUGUUUGGGCAAGCUUCACGCUUUUCUGUUUUCGUUAGCUUCUGUUUCUUCAGACUCCAACUUCCUGAUGGGUUUUUGAAAUGCUUUAGAAAUUUUCGAACUUUUGUUUGACGGGGAAGAAGAAGAAGAGGAGGAGAGUAAUGGCUUGCCGGUGAGGCUUGCCGGAGUCGAUGACGAGUUGCAGAGGAUCUUGGGGUUGACCAUAUUUUGUUUAAAGGAAUUGCAAGAAAGUUCGUAUUAUCUAUAUACGGAGUUUUUGCAAUGAAUUAUUCAGGAUUUGGCAUGUCAGAAGGUCUUCAUGGCUAUAUUCUCAACUUUGGCAAGCUUGUUGAUGAUGUUAUUGAGCUAUGCUCAAAAUUAAAGGUUUCAUUGCCAAUCUUAAUCCUGCAUGGAUGUUGUGACAUGAUGAAGAGGCUUUCCAGCAGCUGCUUGGGAGGUAGGGUGGCCGGUGGCUACCGUCGGUGGGGAAUGGGCUACAAUUUUCUCGGCUAAGAACAAGGGAGGUGGGGAUAUGAUUGCAUGGGCCUUCCUAUUUUUGAGAUACGCCGUGAUUCUAAGAGAUACUGAGAGCAAAAAUAGGAGGUGGAAUGAUUAGUAAAUAUUUGUUUCCAUUUACUAGGUGUAAAACUUUUAUGGGAGGCAUAUGGUUUACGAAUUGUUUGCAGCCGAAAUUCUUUCAUAUACCACGUCAGUCGUAUUUCUGUACACCAAUAUUACAACAAAUAAGAUCAAUGAGUCAUU